AUGGGCGGGGUUGUGGACUCUCAUUGGUCGAUGGGCGGCGUUGUGGACUCUCAUUGGUCGACGGCCGGCCUCACCAGCCCGGAAGUGUUGCGGAGGCUACACGUGCGGCAGAGGGUUGUUAUUGACGGGGUUAAGGAUGAGCUGGCGGGGAGCCGUGUCUGCGAGGCGCAGCUUGUGGCGGCUGAUUCUGAGACCGAGCCCGGUUGGUCUGACAGCGGGAGCGAUGGUCCCUGGGAGAAGGACCCGGAGGGCCCUGCGUUGCAGGCUCGGUGUCUUUUCUGUGACAGGUUUUUCAGUUCAGCAGAAGAUGUGUUUGGCCACUGUUCAUCUGACCACAGUUUUAGUAUUGAGAUGGUGAUUCAUAAACAUAGACUUGAUUUUUAUGGAUAUAUCAAGCUAGUAAACUUCAUUAGGAUUGAAAAGCCAACUGUAGAGUGUCUUAUGUCAAUCAGUGCACCAGUUCCCUGGGAGGAAGAGAAGUACCUGAAGCCUGUUUUGGAAGAUGAUCUUUUACUCCAGUAUGAUAUAGAUGAUGAUGUUGACUCUGCCAAUACCUCUUGCUCCAAUGGGCUCACAGAGGCUUCAUCUCUCCUGGAACGCUUAAAAUGCACAGAACACCGAGCAGAGUUGGCAGAAGCAGCGCUGGCCAGAGCCCAAGAAGAUCUUCAUAAAAUGAAACAGUUUGCACAGGAUUUUGUGAUGAAUGCAGAAGUCAGAAGCAGCUCGGCAGCCGGUGCCAUUGCGGAACUGCGGGAGAACGAGGAGAAUGUUUAUUUCAGCUCUUACGGGCACUACGGGAUACACGAAGAGAUGAUAAAGGAUAAAGUGCGUACAGAAAGCUAUCGUGACUUCAUAUAUCACAAUUCCCACAUCUUUAGAGAUAAGAUUGUCUUAGACGUUGGCUGUGGAACUGGAAUCCUGUCCAUGUUUGCUGCGAAAGCAGGUGCAAAGAAAGUCAUAGGAGUGGACCAGUCUGAAAUUAUUUAUCAGGCCAUGGACAUUAUUAGGCUCAACGGACUUGAAAAUACAAUUUCUUUAAUCAAAGGAAGAAUUGAAGAAGUUGAUUUGCCUGCUGAAAAAGUCGAUGUUAUAAUUUCUGAGUGGAUGGGAUAUUUCCUCCUUUUCGAGUCAAUGCUGGAUUCUGUGAUUUAUGCAAGGAACAAGUACCUGGCAAAAGGUGGUUCAGUAUAUCCUGACAUCUGUUCCAUAAGCCUGGUGGCUAUAGGUGACCUCAAUAAACAUGCAGACAGGCUAGCUUUCUGGGAUGAUGUGUAUGGCUUCAACAUGUCCUGUAUGAAGAAGGCGGUAGUUCCUGAAGCUGUUGUGGAUGUGUUGGAUUCAAGUACCCUUCUGUCUGAAGGUUGUGUCAUCAAGUGGAUAGACUGCCAUGUUGUAUCGGUUGCAGAACUGGAAUUUACAUCCGAAUUCACCUUGACAGUUAUGAAGACUUCACUUUGUACGGCAAUUGCUGGAUAUUUUGAUAUAUAUUUUGAGAAGAAUUGCAACCAGAAAGUCUUGUUCUCCACUAGUCCUUGCAGUGCCGGAACACAUUGGAAACAAACACUAUUUUACCUGGAGAAUCCGAUUCAUGUGGAAAAAGGCGAAGAACUGAAAGGAAAGAUAACUCUCUGCAAAAACAGAAAAGAUCCGCGUUCACUCAUAAUAACUCUUUCAGUUAAAGACAUGAAACAGACAUAUAGUCUUCAGUGAAGAUAAUUCAACAACCAGACUU